AUGUUGACAGAUAAAUCAAAUUCUUUUGAAAAUAAACCAAAUGAUCAUAGUUGCAUAGAUGAACAUCUAUAAUAAUUUUAAAAAACCUCUUAGUUCACAAAUAUUGAUGAUAAUAGCACAAAUUACAAUGAUCAAGAAAUUAUUGAAUAGAGUGUUAUUUUAAGUAAGGAUCCAGAAAUUUAGAAAUCUAUUUGUUUAUAAGAAAAUGAAAUUCUAAGAUUGUCAUAGGCCUAUGCAGAUAAAUAUUACUACGAAAUGAAAUUUGAACAGUAUCAAAAUCUGUUAGCAUAAUAAUAAUGUACAAUUUCUAAAUUAUUGAACGAAAAGAAAGAUUUGCAAUAAAAAUUAGAGAAAAUAGUUAUAUAACAUAAUUAUUAAGAUAAUUAUGAUUCAUUAUAAUAGAAUCAACAAUUAGAAUAAAAAUUAGAAGAGCUUUAAAUAUUGAAUGAAAAUUUAACAAAGUAAAAUGAAUUGUAAGAUAAAUAAUUAGAUGAAACAAAAAGAUUGUUGCAGAAAAUAAAUAAAGAAUAAGAAUUAUUGUAAUAACAGUUUUAAGAAUACAAACUAUAAGUAUAUAUUAAGGAAUAAGAAUAACAAUAAUUGAUUACAUAGUUAUAAAGCAAGGGUUCCUAAGAAUCAAAGAUAUCAAUUUAUUAGGAAUUAUAACAUUAAAUGAAUGAAAUUAAAGAACAAAAUAAUUAUUUAUUUGAAUAAUUAAGUAAGAAAGAAUAAGAAAUAGAGUAAUAUUUUUAAAAAUAAUUGUCAAAUAUUGUGGAAUAGUUUACUUAAGAAAAAUAAGAUAUUUAGGAAGAAUUUGAUUAAUAAUUGGAAAAUAAAGAUGAAAUAAUUCAUUAAUUAGAAAUCUAAUUAAAUGAAGUGCAUAAUUAAGCACAAUAAUUAUACUCUGAGAAUUUACAAUUAUAAAAUUAAUUAGAUUUAUUAGGAUAGAAGUAUAAAUAUUUAAUUUAUCUCUUUUAGUUAUUAAGAAGAUAUUCAAUAAUAGGCUAAUGUGUUAUAAUAAUAAGUGGCAGAAUAUAAAAUAAUAAUAAAUAAUUUAGAAAAUUAGAUAUUUGAAAUGAAUGCUGAGAUUUAAAGAAGAGGGAGAUCAAAUGGAAAAGAGAAUGCAUAGAGAGUCUUAUAAGGAAUACAUAAAAAUAAUUAAUAAAGAUUAAGCACAGGAGAGAUGACAUUUUCGAAUAUAACUCCUAGUUCUAAAUCUUUUUAAUACUAAAAUUCAAAGAAUUGA